AUGGAGCCGGGAAGCUCAGAAGAGCCGCAAUCUGCAGUUUCUCGGGUUGAUGUGUCCCCAGAGACAGUGUGUAUAUCCACUCCGCACAGGGCCGACUCUAGCACCACCAGCUGGCCCACCAGGAGGUCCUCCUUGCCGUCCUCGCUCGCCUUCACCGAUGGUUUCCAGUACAGCUUCCCCACGCGGUCACUCCGCGCUGGGUUCCAAGCGCUCCCGUCGCUCCCGGAGCCGCAGAUGCUGCGUCUGCGCCCCGCCUCGCUGCGCACGCAGGACAUCUCACAUCUGCUUGCCCGCGUCUUCCGAAACUUGUACACCGCCCAGGUGAUCGGAGAGGACUUGAGUGACAGCUUGAUCAAGGCCCGAGGCAGUGAGGAUGCGCGCCAUGAGGAGUUCGUGGACCAGCUGCAGCAGGUACGAGCCAUCUAUAAACAGCGUCUGGAUGAAGUUACCAUGUUGGAGAAACAUAUCAUCCAGGCCCGUGCACGGGAUCUUGCAGAAACAGAGCAUGCCACCAAACAGACCCAACUACAUGUCCUGGAGGCCCCUGUCAAGCUGCCCCCAGUGAAGACGGUCUUCCGGUGGUGUGUAGACAGCGAGCUGCUGCGGAAACACCGCUUAAUCAGCGGGGAGGACUACUACAAAGACCCCGUGCCUUUCUGCUCAGCACCCAAAGGCACCUCCAUCCCUGGAUGUUCAAAACUGACAUUUAGCUGUGAGAAGCGUUUGAUGCUAAAGGCCAAGCCGGACAGGAAGGCUGAAGAGUCCUGCAGGAAGCUUGUUGAAUUUGACGAGUUUGAGUAUACCACAGACAGCUUGACCUCAGUGUCUAAGGCCAGACAAAGGCCCAAAGACACUGUCAAGAAGGCCAGCACACCACAGAACAAGAAGUGGAUGAAACACCUCCGGGUGCCGCAGAGGGACCUGGAGAGACUGCUGCUCGCCAGGAUGGAGAAUCGGAAUCAUUUCCUAAAAAACCCACGUUUUUUUCCGCCUAACACACCUCAUGGAGGCAAGUCCCUAAUCGUCUCUUCAAGGAGGCCAGCGAGAAGAGGAGGCUCCCAGAGUGCGGAGCCGGGAUGGAGCUGUACGGACACCCCUGUGUUUCUGGCUAAACCGUCAGUUGGAUUUUUCACAGACUAUGAGAUUGGACCAGUUUACGAGAUGGUGAUCGCUCUCCAGAACACCACUGCGACCAGCCGAUACCUGCGCGUCCUCCCACCAUCCUCGCCGUACUUUGCUCUGGGACUUGGGAUGUUCCCAGGAAAAGACGGAAUGGUGGCGCCAGGGAUGACUUGCCAGUACGUUGUCCAGUUCAUUCCAGACUGUCUCGGGGAUUUUGAUGAUUUCAUCUUGGUCGAGACCCAGUCUGCCCACACGCUGGUGAUCCCCCUGCAGGCCCGGAGGCCGCCCCCAGUGCUGACCUUGUCACCAGUACUGGACUGCGGCUACUGCCUCAUCGGAGGAGUGAAGAUAACCAGGUUCGUCUGCAAAAACGUGGGCUUCAGCGUUGGCAAAUUCUGCAUCAUGCCCCAAAAGAGCUGGCCGCCGCCAAGUUUCCGGGCUGUUGCCACCACUGGCUUUGUGGAGCAGCCUCCCUUUGGAGUCAUGCCUUCGGUGUUUGAGCUGGCUCCAGGGUUCGCCAUACUGCUGGAGGUCUUGUUUCUCCCGACGGGCCUCGGAAAGGCGAAGGAGACCUUCAUCAUCGUGUGUGACAACUGUCAGGCACACGAGCUGGUUAUCUCAGGAACUGGGCAGCUCGUGGCUUUGGAUCUGAUCUAUAUUUCUGGUGGAAAGAGUGAACCAGACCCAGGAGAGCUGAGGGAUUUAACGGCCCAGUACUUUAUCCGAUUUGAGCCCGAAAACCUCCAGUCCACCGCAAGGAAACAGCUCAUUAUUAGAAAUGCUACGCAUGUGGAGCUGGCCUUCCACUGGCAGAUCAUGAAGCCCAACCUGCAGCCUCUGAUGCCCGGAGAGGAGCACGACUCAGACUGCAUCAAGUGCCACCCAGACAGGGAGACAGCAUUCUCCAUCGUUCCCGAGAAGGGCGUCCUCGAGGCCCACUCAGACCACGAGUUCAUCCUGAGCUUUUCACCCCACGAGCUCAAGUGUUUCCACAGUGUACUACAAAUGGUUCUGGAAGCUGUCCCUGAGCCCUUGAGCUCAGGGGUGGAGAACCUGGGGGACUAUUCCUACUCAGUGGAUGACGUCAUUGUCCUGGAAAUAGAGGUGAAGGGAUCGACGGAACCCUUCCAGGUCCUCUUAGAGCCUUACGCCCUCAUCAUCCCAGGCGAGAGCUACAUUGGCAUCACGGUGAAGAAGGAUUUUAAGAUGUGGAAUAACAGCAAGUCACCCAUCAGAUACACGUGGGGCAGGAUCAGCCACUGCCACAUCAUUGAGGUGGAGCCCUGCACGGGUGUGAUAGAGCCCAGUGAAGUUGGAGAUUUUGAGUUAAACCUAACUGGUGGAGUCCCUGGCCCAACCAUCCAGGACCUGCAGUGUGAGAUCAAAGAUUCGCCAUGCCCAGUGGUGCUUCACAUUGAAGCCGCCUUUAAGGGACCUGCCCUGGUCAUCGAUGUCCCAGCCCUUCAGUUUGGCCUGCUCCGCCUGGGUCAGAAGGCUUCGUGUUCCAUUCAGAUCCGGAAUAUCAGCCAGCUCUCCGCCGUGUGGCAUUUGAAGGAGAGCCCAGUAUGCCUGUCAGAAAGAAAUGAGGAUGUGUCCCCGUUCGACAUUGAGCCUUUGAGCGGCCAGCUACACCCUCUGGGGGAGUGCAAAGUGACUGUCACCCUAGAGACCUCGCACUGUCAGCGGCUGCAGACGGUCCUGGAGCUAGAGGUGGAAAAUGGGGCCUGGAGCUACCUUCCUGUGUAUGCUGAGGUGCAGCAGCCUUACGUGUACCUGCAGAACAGCCACAUGGAGUUCAGCAACCUCUACCUGGGUGUGCCCAUAAAGUCAACCAUCAUGCUUGUCAAUGGCACUCUCCUGCCCACCAGGUUCCACUGGGGCAAGCUCCUGGGAGCUCAAGCAGCCUUGUGCACAGUAACGAUCUCUCCCAAACGUGGCCUACUGGGCCCCAGUGAAGAGCGCCAGCUCUCCUUGGAGUUUACAGCCCACACACAGGAAACGUUGACCGAUUUGGCCCUCCCUUGUCAUGUGUCUGGCAUGGAGAAGCCCCUGGCCCUGGGCAUCUCUGGGAAGCCUCUGGGACUGCGAGUGACCGUCACUAUCUCCUUAGAGGACUCUGAUGGAAGCGCUGUCAGCAGCAGUACGCAGUGGCCAGCCCACCCAGAGAAUCUCCGCUUGGACUUUGGCUCGAAAGUGCCACUGAGGACACGUGUGACUCGCCAGCUCAUCCUGACGAAUUGCUCCCCAAUACAGACCCCCUUUUCUCUCAAAUUUGAGUACUUUGGAAGCUCCCAGGACAGUCUGAACAAAAAGACCAGCCUCCCUGACAUGCCCCCAGCCCUGCUAAAGAUGGCGCACAUCCAAGAGCACUUGGCCAAGAAAGAAAAGAUGGACUUUAUGGAGAGCAUGUUAUCCCACAGGAAAGGAGCUGCCUUCUUCCCCCACAUUUCCCAGGGCAUGCUGGGAGCCUACCAGCAGCUGAGUAUUGACAUCACGGGCUGUGCCAACAUGUGGGGCGAGUACUGGGAUGACCUCCUUUGCAUGGUGGGGGACCUGCCAGUGACUGUCAUCCCGGUGUAUAUGGCCGUGGUGGGCUGCCCCAUCAGCUCCCUGAGGAAUACAUGCUACAGUGUGGCCCCAUUCCAGAAGGAACCCAUCAUCAGAUUUGGGACCCAGAUCUCUGGAGGAGACACAGUCAUCAGAACCCUCCGUCUGUAUAACUCCAGCCCCUGCGACAUCCGCCUGGACUGGGAGACCUACGUCCCAGAGGAAAAGGAGGACCAGCUGCUGGAGCUGCUUGUGUUUUAUGGGCCGCCCUUCCCACUGCGGGACCAAGCCGGGAACGAGCUCGUGUGCCCUGAGACCUCUGAAGGCAGCUUGCCAGUGUCCCCAUGUCCCUCCAAUGCGUCAGGGUCUAGCCAUGCAGUCCUUUCAUCGGUGAGCAGGGGUACAGGUGGCGGUGCCAAGGCCGAAGAGCAGAUCAUCUCGGUCAUCUUGCAGGGGCACGAGGGGGUGCCCUCCGGCAACAUGUACCAUAUCAGCCCCAAGCAGGUGGUCAUCCCAGCGGGCGGCCACCGCACCCUCUACAUCUCCUUCACACCCAUGGUGCUCGGCCUUGACGUUCUACACAAGGUGGAGUGUACUGGCUACGCCCUGGGCUUCAUGAGUUUGGAUAAGGAGUCCGAGAGAGAGGUUCCAGGCCGAAUGUGCCGCCUUCAGGACUUCGCCGUGGGCCCCCUGAGACUAGAGCUGAAUGGCCACGUGAGGCGGGCACAGCUGGACACCGAGCUGGACAGCAGUGGCUACUUGGACUUCCGGUGCCAGGCCAGCGACCUCAUUCCGAAAAAUCCGUGCUGUGGGGUGCUGAGUGACCGGCUUACCACCCGCCAUCUGAAGCUGAUCAACACUACGGAAAUCCUGCACUACUUCCGGGUCCUGGUCUCCAGGCCGUUCUUCAUUUCUCAAGGUGGGGCCAGUCACCAGCAGCAGUGUGAAGAGGAGAUGGCCUCCUCGGGCCCGCAGCUGGCCCUCCGCCCCCAGGAGAACAUGCUGGUGGACGUGUCCUUCUCCCUCUCCCUGGAGCUGCUGUCCUACCAGAAGCUCCCAGCUGACCAGAUGCUGCCCGGAGUGGACAUUCAGCAGAGCGAGGAUGGAGAGAAACAGAUGGUGUUCACAGGGAAUCUGCUCCUGGGCUUCACCAACCAGACUUUCCAGGAGGUGCCCCUCCGGGCUGUUGUGGCUGUGCCAGCACUGCAGCUGUCCACCAGCUGGGUAGACUUCGGGACCUGCUUUGUGAACCAGCCACACACCCGGGAGAUCUACCUCACGAACCUCAGCAACUGCCUGAGCUACUGGACAGUGAUAAUGGGACAGGAGGAACCAGCCAGGGAGGAUAAUGCCUUUGGGGUCUCCCCAGGCAGUGGCCUUCUGGAGGCCCGACCCACCAAUGCACCCCCAGUUUCCAUCCCCCUUGAGGUCUUCUUUAAUCCUAGGAGCAGCCUGCUGUACGAAUCCACGCUGGUGGUAGAAGGGGUGCUGAGUGAGAAGCCUUGCACCCUGCGGUUGCGGGGCCGAGGCUCUUACGAUGAGAGAUAUGUGAUACCCCACCAGUUCUGAGGCUCUGCCGUCUCCAGGGCUAACCAGCAUAGGCUACCACCUGGGUGACUAUGAUCACCAUCACUAGGAAGAUGGGCCACGGAUUCCGGCAAAGCAAGAGCUGGACUGGGAAUGAAAUGACUGACAUGGAAUCAGAUAAGACAUUUACUUUGCCCAUCACAACCAUCAUUCACGAGGCCACUGUCCCACAGAAAUACAUGCGGUCCUGCGGUCCAGUUGAGAGGAUCAGAUUGGAUGACCCAAUGCCCAAUUGUCCCCAUAU